AUGGUAUACUAUCAUCAGAUAACGGAUAGGAUCUAUCUAGAUAGCUCUCCGAAGGUCUGCAUCAAAAAUCUCAAGACGCCAGUAUCCUUCAACGACAAACCAUGCUUUGAUGAUGACAGAAGGCAUACAACUUCAAUACAAUCCUAUAGAGCGCAGUUCCCAAGCCGGAAAGAGUGCGGGUUCAAGGGAUCGAAUCAAAAGAAGCAGGAAAAUGGCACCCAGACGAAUCAGUGGAGGCCAGAGGCCUCCGGAGAAGAGACCUUCCUUAUGGAGUGCAUUCGUCGCGAGCUGCGCGGUGAAACAUCCGAGGGAGCAAACGACUAUCUGGAGGGUGAAAUAGAGCGCUACAAGACAUUUUCCAAAAAAUACAGCUGCAACGAUCCCGAAUACAAGGAGAAAAUGCUCGGAGGGGAUCCUAAUGCGCAGAGGACAUACCUGUUGCUCAAUAUGCAACAGGAUUUGACCAAAUUUUUGACCCUUUGA